CCAGUGUUACAAUUGUACUCUGUAAUAUCUGUUCCAGUGCUGCAUCCAUCCAUUGUCUGAAACUGCUUGUCUAACUCAGGGUCCCUAUGGGCGCAAGGCAGGGAACGUCCCAUGACAGGGUGCCAACCAAUUGCAGGACACGCUCACACUCCAUUCCCUCGCACAAGCACACCUACCGGCAAUUUGACAACUCCAAUUAGCCUCAGCAUGUUUUUGGACUGUGGGGGGAAAUCAGAGUCCCUGGAGGGAACCCCACAAUGACACAGGGGGAGCAUGCAAACUCCAUACACACGGAACUCCAGCGAAGACUUGAGUACACGUGCCAGAGGAGUGAGGCGACAGUGCAAACCCUGCUUUUUAUUAACUAUCCUUUCUCCUGUUUCCACUGCUCUCCUUUUCUCUGCACAUGAUGAAGAAGGAGGGGAUAAUGAAAAACAGAGCUCUUUGAUCCAGCUGGCUCUGUAUGUAGGACUGAGCUUAUUGGUGCUGCUGUUGGUCAUCAUCAUCACAUGGAAAGUGCGGGACAAACACAAGAAAAAUGUGGCUGGGAGCCAAAAUCUAGGAAGGACACUGAACCCAGAACCUGAAUAUGCAGUAAUAGACAGAACUGGCAUCAGCGAGGGAGACCCCCCAGGACAGACCCCUGAGGAGCCUGGUGCUGAUGUCACCUACAGCUCCAUUGUCCUGCCAGUUCUAGAGGUGUCCUCAGGAUGUUCUCCACACUGUCCUGCUGUGAACCCAGCCAGCGACGUGAUCUACAGCUCAGUCACCCUGAAGCACAGAGAGUAGGGGGCAGCAACACAGAGAGGCUCCUCUACAUGUGGGGAGCUGCUGCCCAGGAUGAGAGCUGUGAGGGACACGCAGACACUCCAGUGAUGGGGAGGGAAAAUCACCAGAGAGGAGCAUCUUACAGUGAUGUGAGCUGUAUUUAAAUGGCAUGCAGCACUGUCACAUUGCAGUGCAACAGUAAGAAUCAGCCAGUGAGAAACAGACAUUCGUGGCUGUUGUGCAUUUUUACCGUGAUCAAGACGCCAUUUGCUGCACUUGUACGUCGCUUUGGAGAAAAACUUUUGCUAAAUAAGAUAAAUGUAAAUGUGAGGUUUUAUUCUGGCGGUCUGUGAAAUGUCACUUUUAUAUUAAUGGAGAAAAUAUCAUUAGUAGUAUUAGUUUAUUUGUAUAAUAUAAAAUGUCUAUUAUCAUAAUAUACAGUAUUUUGAGAAAGUAUUGGCCAGUGUCUCUUUCUCUUGUCUGUCCGUCCUUCCUUCCUUCCUUCCAUCCAUCCAUCCAUCCAUUUUCUGCCGCUUAUCUGGGGUCCGGUCACAGGGGCAGCAGUCUAAGCAGGGAUGCCCAGACCUCCCUCAGUUGGCUCAGUUCAAUGCGGAGGAGCAGCGGCUUUACUCAGUGCUCCUCCCGAAUGUCUGAGCUCCUCACCCUGUCUCUAAGGCUGAGCCCAGGCCUGCUGUGGAGGAAGCUCAUUCCGGUCGUUUGUAUCCACAGUCUCAUUCUUUCAGUCACUACCCAGAGCUCAAGACCAUAGGUGAGGGUAGGAAGAUAGAUCGACUGGUAAAUCAAAAGCUUUGCCUUCCAGCUCAGCUCCCUCUUCACGAAGGAUUCUUUCCACGUUUUCUUGCAAAGGAGAACAUUGCAUGUGAUGUAGAUGAAGUCCUGUGGCCUGACCGGAUGCAGAGGCAUGAUGAUGCGGCUGAAUGACUGAUUGAUUUUGAUGUAAAAAUAUGUAAAAGUACAGAGUGCAUUUUGUUUUGCUGCAGGUUUCUUUGUUUGGAUGUAAAUAAGCUUUCAUAAGUACAGGAAUGUCCUAAAUAAAGAUUAUUUUCCUUUUA